AUGGCGGACAUAUUUGUAUCAGCAUUACAAAAUAUGUCAUUGAAGUUUAAAAUAGCAGAAUUAAAAGAAUAUCAGAAGUUAGCGAUACGGAAAUUCGUUCUUGAAGUAAGGAAGUUUUUGUUAAUCUACCAACUGGUAGUGGUAAAUUUACCAGGGAUUGCCAGUCAUUUUUGACACAACAACGGGAACGUCAGGGCACAUUAUAGCGGUCCUAUCGCCAUUGUUAAAUUUAAUAAACGACCAGGUGAAUCAUCUCAAUUGUUUGGGCAUCAGGGCGGUUAAUUUGAGUAACGUGAAGAAUGAAGAAGAGCGCAUUAUGGUGGAACACGGAGCGUUUUCCAUUGUUUACGGUACACCUGAAGCUUGGCUGAAGAAUGAGCGAUGGCGUGAAAUGUUGCACAAUUCUGUUUACUCAGAAAAACUUUGCGCUAUCGCUAUUGACGAAGCUCACGUUCUGAAGCAAUA